AUGGUGUUGCAAGAUGAGCGCAAUAUCUACGGUGCUGUCCUCGAAGGAUCUUACAUCGUCGUAGAAGGUGCAUGUGUCAUGCUCGAGGGAUUCCGUCAACUAUUGGAUAUAUUCAAGAUCGGCCCCAAAACAGACGAUCUGUUAUACGAAAUGAGCCUCGACACGCAAGGAGGCAACGAUUCGCCAAAUCGAGAAGCUGAGGAACAUCUCGACCCAAAAUGUAGACACAAGGAUGCGGUGGACUUGCUGCAGCGUCUUUCGCACGAGUCCGUACCUUUCGACUUCUGCAUGUUUCUGAGCGUGGAGAAACAGACCAGUUCGUGGAAGUGGGCUAAUGUACUACUGCUAAGUUGGCCGAUGCCACAGACGAAAUGGAAGAAGGAUCAGAAAUACGGGCCAUUCAAAGAAGGAGACACCGUCAAGCUCAAAGGCGACGAUGUAAUCUACAUCGUACUACGAGUUAUCGUCACCCUGGGCGAGAUCGCAAAGUACAUUAUUGAGAAAAAGUACAAUCCAGUGCCUAGGGCAAAUGAGUAUGAGGUGAACGAGGGGGAUCUAGUACCGGCGUGA